AUGUUCUCCAAGACGCCCCUCCUCCUCCUCCUUUUACUGCCUCUCCUGGCCCGGCUCACCACCGCCGAGUCCGAUUUCUCCAUCCAAGCCAAGCAGACGGACCUGGUGAGCGUGGCCGCGGACGAAGACUACUCUUGCUCGCGCACCAAGCCGUGCGACCUGGGCUGCUGCAAGCUCGACUCCACGGGCGCCGGCGUGUGCGGCGCCGGCCCGGACUUCUGCGGCGCCGACGUCUGCCACUCGCAGUGCUCCUGGAAAUCCGAGUGCGACCCGGGCUGGGGCGCCGCGUGGUCCAACGCCUCCUCGUGCCCGCUCGAGGUGUGCUGCAGCGACUUCGGCUUCUGCGGCACCACCGAGGACUUCUGCAACGGCCGCGUCGUCUCCAAGCCCGAGUGCGCCGCCGGGGGCCGCAGCUCCGACGCCCGCACCAUCGGCUACUACGAGGGCUGGAACGGCCAGCGGCCCUGCGGCACCAUGCCCCCCGAGGACAUCCCGCUCGGCUACUACACGCACAUCUUCUACUCCUUCGCCCUCGUCGACCCGGACACCUUCCACGUGGCGCCCAUGGACGCCGAGACGGCCUCGCACUACGACGAGGUGACGGGGCUUAAGGCGAGGCAGGACGACCUCGAGGUGUGGAUCGCCAUCGGCGGCUGGGCCAUGAACGACCCGGGCCCGUACCGCUUCGCCUUCUCCGACAUGGCCUCGAGCGAGGCGAACCAGGACGCCUUCUUCGACUCGCUCGUGACCUUCAUGAUGCUGCACGACUUCGACGGCGUCGACAUCGACUGGGAGUACCCCGUGGCCGAGGACCGCGGCGGCAUCGAGGCCGACUUCGACAACUUCGUCAACAUGAUGCGACGUCUGCGCGUCCACCUGAACGCCUCCGGGAAGCGGUUCGGCGUGAGCCUGACCCUGCCGGCCUCGUACUGGUACCUGCGCGGCUUCGACGUCGUCGGCCUGGAGCCGCACGUCGACUUCUUCAACGUCAUGACGUACGACAUCCACGGCACCUGGGACAGCACGGUGCGGUCGCUGGGCCCGUACGCCUUCGCGCACACCAACCUGACCGAGAUCGACCAGGGUCUCGAGCUGUUGUGGCGCAACAACAUCAACCCGGAGCGCGUCAACAUGGGACUCGGCUUCUACGGCCGCAGCUUCACCAUGAAGGACCCCUCCUGCAUGGCAGCCGGGUGUGAGUUCACCGACGGCGCGAGGGGCGGUGAGUGUACCGGCACGCCGGGUGUGCUGUCCGCGGCCGAGAUCGUCAAGAUCCUCGAGCGCGACGACGCCAAGAUGACGCUGGACGAGGCCGCCGCGGUGCAGAUCGUCACCUGGGACUCGGAUCAGUGGGUCUCAUGGGACGACCGGACGACGCUCAAGAUGAAGCAGGACUUUGCCAACCGGCGCUGUCUUGGAGGGACCAUGGUCUGGGCCAUUGAUCUGGAUGACGGCACGCUUAUAGGUGAACUGGGAGGCAAUUUGAAUCGACCGAAGUCGACGGUCACUAAUGGCACGUACGAUACGGCCGACCUGGCUACUUACACUACGGGUGAGGAGGAAUUGUAG